AUGGCAGACGAUAUCGAGGUCGCCCUUAAGAAGUUGAUAUCCGGUGUGGAUGGACUGGAAGGUAUUGUUAUCAGUGACCGGGAUGGAGUUCCUGUCGCGAAGGUGCUGAACGGCGACGUUCCAGAGGCUGCGUCUCGACCUGGAUUUCUGGCUACUUUCUCAAUGGCGACGGAACAGGCCAGUAAGUUGGGAUUGGGGGCCAACAAGAGUUUAAUUUGCUUUUACGACAACUGCCAAGUCGUACACUUAAACUUUACGCCUCUGGUUGCCACCCUAUUGGCACGCGUGGAUGCAAACACAGGAGUGUUGCUAGGUAUGAGUGCACAGCUCAACGAAUCUGUUCAACAGCUUAGCGACUAUAUUUGA